AUCCCCAGGUAAAAAAAGAAAAAAUAAAGAGAAUUUCUAGAGAGAGAAACUUGGGAGAAAAUUCCUAAACAAAAGGGACCUUCUUUCGUUUUCCUUUUUUACGGAGCGGUUUGUAUGAGUAGAUGGCGACGCCGGGGAUACAGAACGGAGGCGUUUCGGUGAUAGCUUCCGCGCCGACGGUAGCGCCGGUAGAUCCCAACGGCCGGUCGGCGGCGACGUUGAGGCUUUCAUCUCCGAUUAGGAUCUUCCUGUUCUUCCACAAGGCGAUUCGAGCAGAGCUGGACGGGCUCCACAGGACUGCCUUGGCUUUGGCGACUAAUGGAAGCGGUGGAGACAUCAAGCAAUUGACGGAGAAGUGUCAUUUCUUAAGGUCAAUUUACAAGCACCAUUGCAAUGCCGAGGAUGAGGUUAUAUUUCCUGCCCUUGACAUCCGUGUGAAGAAUGUGGCACGUACAUAUUCCCUCGAGCAUGAGGGUGAAAGUGUGCUUUUUGAUCAAUUAUUUACGUUGUUAGGGAAUGAUAUGGAAAAUGAGGAAAGCUACAAAAGAGAGUUGGCCUCUUGUACAGGAGCACUUCAAACAUCAAUUUGUCAGCACAUGUCUAAGGAAGAGGAGCAGGUAUUCCCCUUACUUAGUGAGAAGUUCUCAUUUGAGGAGCAAGCGUCAUUAGUUUGGCAGUUCUUGUGUAGCAUUCCUGUAAAUAUGAUGGCAGAAUUCUUGCCAUGGCUUUCGUCAUCAAUUUCACCAGAUGAAAGGCAGGAUAUGCGUAAAUGCUUGCACAGAAUAAUUCCAGAUGAAAGGCUGCUUCAACAGAUUAUUUUUAACUGGAUGGAUGGGGUAAAGAUUUGUAACAAGCGUAAACGUUCCGAGGAUGAUCCCAGACUGUCCAGUAGCUCUCAUGCAUCUCCCUCGACUAACGAAAGAGAUCUUCUUACAUCUGAUUGUAGUGCUACUAGAUCUUCGCAGUACCAUCCAGUGGAUGAUAUACUGCAUUGGCAUAAAGCUAUCCAGAAGGAAUUGAUUGAUAUUGCUGAAGCAGCUCGCAGUAUAAAGUUCACUGGAGAUUUUUCCGAUCUAUCUGCCUUCAACAGAAGGCUUCAAUUUAUAGCUGAAGUCUGUAUUUUCCACAGCAUUGCUGAGGACAAAGUUAUAUUCCCUGCUGUAGAAAUGUCAUUUGUCGAGGAGCAUGCAGAAGAAGAAAGUGAAUUUGACAAGUUCCGAUGCUUAAUAGAAAGUAUUGAAAGUGCUGGAGCUAAUUCAUGUGUUGAAUUUUAUGCUGAAUUAUGCUCACAGGCCGAUCACAUAAUGGAGACAGUAAAGAAGCAUUUUCUCAACGAGGAAAAACUGGUACUUCCACUUGCAAGGAAGCAUUUCAACCCUGAACGUCAGCGUGAACUUCUUUACCAGAGCUUGUGUGUAAUGCCACUCAGAUUGAUUGAGUGCGUCUUACCAUGGUUGGUUGGUUCACUGAGUGAAGAGGAAGCUCGGUGCUUUCUUUGUAACAUGCACAUGGCAGCUCCAGCAUCCGACACUGCUUUGGUUACAUUGUUUUCUGGCUGGGCAUGCAAGGGUUAUCCGAGGGAAAUCUGUUUGUCUUCUAGUGCAAUUGGUUGUUGUCCUGUCAAGGAGAUUGAAGAAACACAAGAGCAUUCUGCUAGAUCUUGCCGUAACUGUGCCUGUGCAAGAUCUUUCAGAGCAACAUGUGGACAAACAUGUGAGAAGACAAUUGAUCAGGGAAAUUUAGUUUGUUCAGUUGAAAAUAAUUCUUGCAAUUUUUCAAAGACAGAAUCUCCAAAAGCUUCUAACCAGUCUUGCUGUGUUCCUGGCCUAGGAGUGAAUAGCAAUAGUCUAGGAAUGAGUUCUCUAGCUGCUGCAAAAUCUCUACGCUCGUUAUCUUUCGGUCCAAGUGCUCCUUCUCUAAACUCUAGUCUUUUUAACUGGGAAACAGAUAAUAGCUCCACUAUUAGAGGACAUACAUCAAGGCCAAUAGAUAAUAUUUUUAAAUUUCACAAAGCAAUCCGGAAAGAUUUGGAAUUUCUUGAUAUUGAGUCCGGAAAACUAGGUGAUUGUAAUGAAACUUUCCUGAGACAGUUUACUGGUAGAUUUCGUCUUUUAUGGGGUUUAUACAGAGCGCAUAGUAACGCAGAGGAUGAUAUUGUAUUUCCUGCCUUAGAAUCAAAGGAAACUCUUCACAAUGUUAGUCAUUCUUACACGUUGGACCACAAGCAGGAAGAAGAACUCUUUGAGGAUAUCUCAUCUGCACUAGCAGAGCUCUCCCAACUUCAUGAAAAUUUGAGUGCAGAAACUACCUCGUGCAAUUUAUUGGGUUCUUUAAGUUGUAUUGAUCGUGUAAAAAAGUACAAUGAGCUGGCAACAAAAAUUCAGGGCAUGUGCAAAUCCAUUAAAGUAACACUGGAUCAUCAUGUUCUGCGUGAAGAGGUUGAACUUUGGCCGUUGUUUGACCGGCAUUUUUCUGUAGAGGAACAAGAUAAGCUUGUUGGCCGCAUUAUUGGAACAACAGGGGCUGAGGUGCUUCAGUCAAUGCUGCCUUGGGUAACAUCUGCUCUUACUCAGGAAGAGCAAAACAAAAUGAUGAACACAUGGAAGCAUGCAACUAAGAACACUAUGUUCAGCGAAUGGCUGGAUGAAUGGUGGGGAGGGACCCCUGCAGCAUCAUCAGAGGCAUCCACAUCAGAAAAUAGCAUCUCACAAGAAAUUGAUGCCCAUGAAUCUUUGGACCAAAGUGAUCAUACAUUUAAGCCUGGGUGGAAAGAUAUUUUUCGGAUGAACCAAAAUGAGCUUGAAUCAGAGAUACGGAAAGUCUCUCGUGAUCCAACCCUUGAUCCAAGAAGAAAAGCGUAUCUCAUUCAAAACCUAAUGACCAGUCGGUGGAUAGCUUCUCAGCAGAAGUUCUCUCAGUCGAGAAGUAGUAAAGCUGAUGAUGAUAAAGAUCUACUUGGACGAACCCCUUCAUAUCGUGAUCCUGAGAAAAAAAUCUUUGGAUGUGAGCAUUAUAAAAGAAACUGUAAGCUGCGAGCUGCUUGUUGUGGCAAGCUGUUUGCAUGCAGGUUCUGCCAUGAUGAAGUCAGCGACCAUUCAAUGGAUAGGAAGGCAACAUCUGAGAUGUUGUGCAUGAGUUGCCUACAAAUUCAGCCGGUUGGACCUGUUUGCACUACUCCUUCUUGUAAUGGGCUUUCAAUGGCGAAGUACUACUGCAGCAGCUGCAAGUUCUUCGAUGAUGAAAGGGAUGUUUAUCAUUGUCCAUCCUGCAAUCUGUGCCGUGUUGGAAAAGGUCUCGGUAUAGAUUUCUUCCAUUGCAUGACAUGCAAUUGUUGCCUUGGGAUGAAACUAGUGGACCACAAAUGCAGGGAGAAGGGUCUUGAAACCAACUGCCCAAUAUGCUGUGAUUUUUUGUUCACAUCAAGUACGGCCGUCAGGGCUCUUCCUUGUGGACAUUACAUGCAUUCUGCUUGUUUCCAGGCAUAUGCAUGUACACACUACAGCUGUCCUAUUUGCAGCAAGUCAAUGGGAGACAUGUCGGUCUACUUUGGAAUGCUCGAUGCUUUAAUGGCGUCGGAGGUGCUCCCCGAAGAAUAUAGAGAUGGGUGUCAGGACAUCUUGUGCAAUGAUUGCGACAGGAAAGGAACUGCACCAUUUCACUGGCUGUAUCACAAAUGUGGCAUCUGUGGUUCGUAUAAUACAAGAGUAAUCAAGGUUGAUCGAGAUAAUUGUUCUACUUAAGUAGAGAUUGAAUUUAUAUUCUUCCCAGAAUUCAUUUCUGUAUAUUGAUGGUUGGUGGUACCCCGUGGGUUAGACCUUCAUGUAAAUGGUCUCCAAUGUCUUUGAACAAAGUUUUGAUUUGUUUUUUUCCCUUUCCUUUGAAUUUGUCUAUACUAUAUAUAUACGUGAAAUAGCUAGAAUUUUACGCCUGAUUGUCAAUAGCACUUUGCUUGGGUAGAUGUCAACAUGAUCAGAAUAAAAUGGAUAAAGUUCCACUUCAA